AUGUGUACACGGUCCAGGGGAAACCAAAUUUCAACUCAGCCUCCUGCCACCCCACAUGCAUCCAGUGACACCGCCGCGACAGCUACACUGCUCUCUGCACCACAAGCAUUGGUUGAAAUUGCGACUGAAGCUGAACCACCAGAAGCACCCAGUGCACCCAGUGGUGAUGCAGGGAGGACUGACCACUAUGCUGCCUACCUGUCCAUCAUGGGUUCAACCUCAGAUCUCUCUUCUGAUGAUGAGGAUCUUAACCAGGCUAUAAUGGCUAGUCUUCAGAGUCAUGCGUAUCAAACAAACACAGAAUCAGCCCCAGAAGUCCUCCUCAGUCUUGCAUCUCAAAUUGAUCCCACCCAGAUAUGCAGAUUCAACAUCAACAGGUCCUCAGUGCUGGAUGGUGCUUUUCGGGCGUUCAAGAGGCUAUCCUACAAUCCCAAGUAUCAGAUGAAGAUCAAGUUCUCUGAUGACUUGGGACUGAGCGAAGAGGCUGUGGACCUUGGUGGCCCGAGAAGGGAAUUCCUGCGGUUGCUUAUGGAAGCCCUUGCAGUGUCACCAAUGUUUGAGGGCAGGGCAGGGAGAUUGAACCUAGCAUUGGACAGCACAGCUUUAAGAGAGGAUCGAUAUUUUAUUGCUGGGCGGGCCAUUGCUAUAAGCCUGGUACAUGGCGGUCCUCCACCAGGAUUCUUUACACCAGCGCUGUACUCCCAUCUGGUUGGUGGCAGUUCCACGAUAAAGCCUGUUCUGGAGGACAUUGCUGAUGCAGACCUCUACGAGAAAGUAAAAAAGGUGUCUGAAAGUACAUCUUUUGAGGAUCCGAUGCGUGCAACAGAACCACUGCAAGAUUUUCUGGCAAAUGCUGGGUGUCUCAGGCCAUUAAAAUGCAUUGAAGACAGAGAUCUGUCGGUUCAAGAUAUUGUCAUGUUCCAGGUGGUCCACAGAGUCUCUGGGGCAUUUGAAAGAUUUAAAGAGGGACUGAAAACCCUUGGUGUCCUGGAUGCCAUGAGGACGUACCCAGAGAUUUUUAGAGCCUUGCUGUGCCAUCAACCACCUCCACUCACAGCCAACUCCAUGGAUCAGCUCUUCCAAAUUAGACUGUCUGUAGCAGGAAGCAACAAGAGAAUGGCAGAGGAACGUGUUGUGCCAUUUUGGAGAGAUUACUUGCUGGAUGUUGAGGAGGAGGCCGGAGCCUCAAAGCUAAGCGAUGUCUUAGCCUUUGCAACUGGUGCAAGCAUCGUCCCACCAAUUGGCUUCUCUCCUCAACCAACAAUUGAUUUCCUACAUGACCAGUCUGUAACCCCAGGACGCUGUUUGCCUAUGGCCAACACAUGCAUCAACUGUCUGAAGCUGCCACUUUGUGACGCAUACACUGAGUUCAAAGACAGUAUGGACUAUGCAUUAGAAAAUACCCAGGGUUUUGGUCGAGAGGAGAAACCCUCCCUGUUCCGGAACAACUGCUCCAAACAGGACAGGAGUGAAAGCAUCCUAAGAGAGCCGAGACAGGAGGAGCGACGCCUCCGCCAGGAUCUGCCGCCGUCUUCAGAGGAGGAACCGGACGUGUUGAGCGGCUUCACCUGGCAUGCCUGCAUGUUUUUCUUUGGAGUUGAAGGUUUGGCUGCUGUUGAGAUGGAGGUGCAGCUCUCCCUUCAGCCAGCAGGGGGCAGUGUGUCCUCGUCUGCAGGAGCCGGCAGGACACGACCCGUCCUCCCGUCUGAGGGGCGGAGCGGCCGCUCACGGGACCCGGCGGGACCAAUGAGGAGGAAGCCGGUGCUCCGGGACUGA